GGCACGACAACCCCGCCUUCGAGUACGACACUCCGCCCCUGCUCGAGAACGACGUCGCUCGGAACAUCAACACAGAGGUGGAUGGGCGUCCCGUGACCAACACUCCCAAGGAAUAUCUCAUGGCUGCUAGUGACGACCACACUGCAGGUUCAGACCUAACUGAGACUAUACCAUGCCUUCUGUCCAAACAUGGGAAUGUUAUAGUCGGUGAGGAAAUGUCCCAUGUACAGGAUGAGGUGGGGAAGCUGCAGCAGCACUUGUCCCUACUGCGCGAACAGUACGUGAAACUGCAGGAAAGAUACACAGCACUAGAGCAGCAGCAUGCCAUCGUCACAGCAGGCACUCAGGUCUCGGAAGGGGAGGACUCCUUCGUCACGAGGCUCUUGCGUUUCGUGGCAGAUUUGUACGACAAGGAAAAGUACAGUGACAUGUCAGUACACCUUGGAAGCAGGACCAUAAGAGCCCAUCGUUUUGUUCUGGCCGCGCGUAGUGACAGCUGGGGGGUAUCGUCCCUCGCAGACGUUGAUGCACUAGAUUGGAGUUCACUGGAUGAAGAGGUUGGUGAGGCUGUUUUGCGAUGGGUGUACACAGACCACGUCAGUCUCCUCAAUGAGCAUGACUUCACGCUCAGUCUCAUGAGGGCAGCAGCAUGCUUUUCUUUGAAUCCUUUGAUGAAAAGAUGUGAAAAGGCACUCAUGGGGUGGGUCACAGUGAGAAACUGUGUUCGACUCUACACCACAGCAGAUGAGAUUGGCGCGCAGACAUUGAGAGAUCAUUGUUCAACACUGAUAUCCACACACUGGAAUGACUUCACUCCCGAUGACUUCUCACACAUGACGGCUCCUUUGCUCUAUGCCAUGUUCAAGAAUAAGACGAAGCACCCUCUGCAUGCAGCCAUCAGACUGCAGAGAGAAGACGUUGUUUUCUUGUACCUCAUCGAGUUCGACUCUCAGCUCCCGGGCGUUCUGGACGAGGCCGACGAGAGCGGCGACAUGGCCCUCGACCUGGCACUGCUGGGGCGGCAGCACAGCAUCGCCGACACCCUCCUGAAGCACGGCGCCUCCGUCACCACCACCGAUCCCACGGGCGCCUCGCUCCUGCACAGGGCCGUCAGGAGGGGAGAUGAAUUCUCUGCUUCGUUCCUGAUGAACCAUGGCUGCUCAGUGAACGUAGCGACCCCUAUGGAGACGGCAGGACCCCACUGCACACCCUGGUCACCAACAGCCAGACAGGAGUCACCUCAGUCUCCCUCCUUCUCCCUCCUUCUCCCUCCUUCUCCCUCCUUCUCCCUCCUUCUCCCUCCUUCUCCCUCCUUCUCCCUUUCAAGGACUGUACUGCACCUGACCGUGGAGGGCGAGCGAGAGGAGAUCUUCCGUGUCCUGAUCGAGCACGACAACCUGCGUUUGGAGCUGCGGGACAAGGCUGGGUACCCUGUGCUGUGGUACUCCCUGAAGACAGGCACGGAGUUUGGGGAGACCUCCUACGCCGCGCAGCUCAUCAAGAAGGGAGCCUCGCCAGAUGCGGUGAUUGGUUCAAGUGGGGAGUCCCUGUUACACUUGGUAGCACGAGAUGGCAUGGAAGAAGCCGGCUUGUUCCUCACGACCCAGGGUGCCAGCUGCAAUGUUGUGAAUGCCGAUGGGGAGACUCCACUCCAUGUUUCUUGCACUGUUGGUCUUCCCUCGCUCACAACUGCUUUACUACAGAUCGGAGCAAAUCCAAAUCUUCAGACCUAUUCCUCUUCGCCGGCGGGCACCCCAAUCGAUGCCAACGACCCAUUUGCGGAGGACGCUGAGGAGUCUCCCACUUCCAGCCUAACCUUCCGCGAAACCCCCUUGCACCGAGCCAUCAAGAAUAAGAAUGAAGAUGAUAUUAGGGCAAUUUUAGAUCAUAAAGGUGCGGCUCCUACCAUUGUUGAAUACUGUGAGAGCAACAAAGUGGACUCAAUAGUGAUGCCUGACUUGAACCUGCGCGACUCGGACGACUUGACCCCCCUUGGUGUGGCUCUGGGAACAGGCCAGAUCAAUGUGGCAAAAGAGCUGCUUGAAUCUGGGGCUGACAUCAACACGACAGACUCCCAGGGGUAUGGUCUUCUCCACAUGGCCAUUCAAGUCAAGGAAGUACAGGUGGCCACCUUCCUAAUCAACAAUGGUGCUGAUGUUAACCUGAGGACUCGUGAUGGAGAGUCUCCACUGCAGCUCUGCAUCAGUGAGAGCCUCAGCGCUGUGGUCGGACUUCUGUGUGGGAAAGGAGCAGACCACAAUUCCCAUCCUAACUCCCCUGAACCUCCGCUGUGGCAGGCUCUGGACUCAAAGCAAGAGGACAUUGCUUCCACACUAGUACAGUACCAUGUUGACACAGAUGGCUGGGCUGAGGGUCCAGAGGGAUGUCUGCAGACUUUGCUACACAAGGCUAUAGAUGAGAACCGAGAAGACAUCGCUUGUUUCUUGGUGAGAAGUGGAUGUGACGUUAAUGCGGUGAGGAAGCCAGGACCAGGUGGUGGUGGUGGUGAUGCAGCGACAGAUCAGAUGACCCCACUGCACCUUUGUUGCUCUUGGGGGUUAGAGAAUACCGUGCAGACUCUGCUUGAGCACGGUGCAAAAGUUAAUGCGAGGGAUGCUGAAAAUAAGACUCCCUUGCACCAUGCCAUUGAAAACGGUCACAAUCCCAUCAUUUCCCUGCUGCUGUCCCAUCCUGCCUUGGAUCUUUCCCUGCGAGACAAAUCCGGCAUCACACCCUUCGCUGCUGCCAUGUCGAGAAAGAACAACAAGGCUGCGCAGGCUAUUCUGAGCCGGGAACCCAAGGCUGCAGAACAGUAUGAUCACAAGGGCCACAAUUUCUUGCACGUAGCCAUUCAGAAGAAGGACAUGGAAAGUGUACUCUUCCUCCUGAGUAUUCACGUUGACAUGCACACCAGGACACAAGACCAGUUGUCUCUCACACCCCUGCAUCUGGCUACACUCUCAGGGUCAGAGAUGAUUGUAAGAAAUCUUUUACUGGCUGGAGGUGGAGCAAUCAAUGAGUUAACACCACAGAAGCAGACAGUUCUUCACCUGGCUGCGGCAAAUGACCAUCCCCAUCUUGUCUCCAUCUUCUUAGAGAAUGGAGUCCGUUUUGAUGCUGUAGAUGACAAUCAUAACAAUGCACUGCAUGUGGCAGUCAAGGAAGGCCAUCUGUCUGUUGUGAGAGUGCUGUUAACUGAAUCAAGGAUCAACGCAGAGGCGGUGAACCUCCGUGGUCAGAACCCCCUCCACGUCCUUGCCAAUUACCCGAAGGACAAUGCAGCAGCCAUAGCGGAAAUGUUCUUGGAGACUAUGCCAGACUAUGAUCUCAAUAGGGUAGAUGUAGAGGGGAACUCGGCUCUGUUGCUGGCUUACAUGCGAGGUGCGGGUCAGCUUUGCCGAGUAUUAGUACGGUCCGGAGCAUGCCUGGGCUCGACAAAUAAGCAUGGUGUAAACAUAUUCAAUUAUCAGGUGCCAACCAAAGCACUGCUGUUUAGGCUCCUGGAUGUGCUAUCAGCUGAGCCUCCAUGGAGCGAAGGAGAACUCUGCAUGGAGUGCGGGACCAAGUUUGGCCUGGCCACAAGGAAGCACCACUGCCGACACUGUGGUCGACUCCUUUGCAGCAAGUGCUCGGAUAAGGAUGUGCCCAUCCUUAAAUUCUCAUUGAACAAGCCUGUUCGAGUAUGUCAGACCUGUUUUGAUGUACUUACUUUAGGACCAGCAGCUAUAUCAUAGUAGAUGUUUUAGAAUAAGUAAAGAAAUCAAGUCCAUUCAUAGCAAGAAUAUUAUCUUUUUCUUUUUCUAUACAUUUGAUAACCAGUUUAUUACAAUUAACCUAAGACUUAUAAUGAUGGUGCCACUAUGUGAUUUAAGUGACAGAAGUGUAUCAUGUGAUCAAGCUAAACUUUUCACUUCAAGUCCAAGCUGUACUUCCUACUUAGGCAAAUACUCACUGCCAAAUAUACAUUCGAGGAAAUCUUACUUGGGAAUCAUAUGAUUUGCUUGCAAACACAUCUGGAUGAAAUUGGAAGAGAGGCUGCUCUUUAUAGGAAGAGUAGUUCAAAAUUUUGAACAUGAUUAAUACUUUUUGAAGGAUAUUAAAAGGUACUCUGAAUUGUUUAGGUUUUUUGGUCAGCACAUCCAAAAAUGUUUUGCUUGGAGGAAAGUGAGUGAAAUAGUUCCCGGGUGAAGUGGUAAACUAUGAUCUUCGUUAGAAGAUAUGAUAUCGUAAAAGUUGGAAAGAAUUUCACUUGCAAAAAGGGGGAAAUUUUGUUGGUCAACUUGUAAGUUUCCUGUGAUUUUUUUUCCAUAUUAGAGGAGUUUUUAGUUCCUGUACAGUGAUUUUAUGUAAUGUUCCUUUGUUUGUUUAAGAGAAACAAAGGAGCUAAUGAAUAUUUAAAGAAAAAAUCUCAUUUCAUUGUUUUAUUUAUAUUUAUUAUAAUUAUUAUUUUAGAUAUACUCAAUUAUGUUCACAAACAUGGCAUAUAGAAGCAUAAUGGCAAACUUGCCACUCCCUCAAAAAGCAUUCUGUCUCACUCAAAGUAUUGUUUCCUAAUGAUAUAACAUGAGUCUGGCUAGUUUGUGGUUCCCAGUAUUUGUGGAUAAGCCCACAGUGUAAAAUCACCACAUAAGCUGGGGUCCUGUGUUAUUGCACCACAACAGUAACUUGCCUUUGGCCUACUGGCUAGUCCCAUAGUGGGGUACAUCCAGUCAGCACAUGCCAAAGCUAUUGAAUGUCUCUCCUGCAACCCUCUCGGCAUCAUCCACAACUGUCGUUAAAAUCACCAAGCAUUGCAUCACAUGAACAGACAGUGCUGUCCCAUUAAAAAAAAAAAAAAAUGUAUUCUUCUAAAUUUUGUUAUAUCAUAAAUGUGAUUGUGUAAAGCACCGUUGUUACCACUGUCAUCCACAUCCACAGUUAUUUUCAACAAUGCAUUAGUUGUUGAAAGUGGUCAAUAUUUAGUGAAGUGCAGUUUUUACGGAAGGGACACUUUGAAUGUGAGUUUGCCCUUGUGGUUCUAUAUGCUUAAAAAAAUGUGUACAGGUUUGUCCAUUGUGUAUUUUUAUACUCAGGUACACAGGCAACUGGAAGGAGAAACAGACAGACAAGUGUUACUGACUCAGAUACAUCACACACACACUGUCUAAUACACUGAUAAGUUUAGCUCACCAAAGUCAGUUUUAGAUCCUUUUCAGAAUAAUUUCAGUUUAACAAGAAACAAACAUGCUCAACUGUUUUUAUAGACCUUGUGUGUACCUUAAUGUUUGGAAAUAAUUAUUUAACUUAAUACAUAGAGUUGGAAGAAAUGAAGUGGGAAGGAAACCAUACUGAUAUUGUAAAAUUCCAUAGCCAAAGAAUGGCUAUUUUGUGAGGCCAAUGUUAGACUAGUACCAAAAACUAGUAGGUAAGGUAUAUUGUAUAUGUUCACAUAUAUAUAUAUAUAUAGAUAUAUAUAUAUUCUGUAUAUAUGUCUAGGCUUUUUAUGGUUGGCAAGGUUGAAGGUCUAUUUCAUUAUUACAAGAAAGAGAUUUUGUAUGGAGAAAUAAAAAAGACA